CGGCGGGCGGGCCCCAGCCAAUGGCCGGCGGGGGCGGGGCCCAUCUCUAAGCGGCCGUCUGAAGAUGGCGGGCCCCGGGCGGCUGGCCGUGCGGGCGCUCUCCGGCUGCGGCUGGGUUCGCGGCUCGGACCCCGCCGUGCUGAGCCGCCUGCGCGACGAGGCCGUGGUGCGGCCCGGCUUUCUGAGCCAGGCCGAGGAGGACACGCUGACGCGCGAACUGGAGCCGCAGCUGCGGCGCCGGCGCUACGAGUACGACCACUGGGACGCGGCCAUCCACGGCUUCAGGGAGACGGAGAAAUCCCGCUGGUCUGAUGCAAGCCAGGCCAUCCUGCAGCGGGUUCAGGCGGCUGCCUUUGGCCCUGACCAGACCCUGCUGUCGGUGCACGUAUUGGACCUGGAACCUCGGGGCUACAUAAAGCCCCAUGUUGACAGUGUCAAGUUCUGUGGAUCCACCAUCGCUGGUCUUUCGCUGCUGUCCCCAAGUGUUAUGAAACUGGUGCACACCCAGGAACCUGAGCAGUGGCUGGAACUGUUGCUGGAGCCAGGCUCCCUCUACAUUCUGAGGGGUUCAGCCCGAUACGACUUCUCUCAUGAAAUACUUCGAGAUGAAGAAUCAUUUUUUGGGGAGCGCCGGGUCCCCCGGGGUCGACGCAUCUCAGUGAUUUGCCGCUCCCUCCCUGAGGGAAUGGGGCCAGGGAGGCCAGGAGAGCCACCCCUAGCCUGCUGACCUCUACGCCUAAUCUCUGGACUUGUGAAUAAAGUUGGAAAAAGAA